AUGGAUUCCGCGUUCGUUAGAAUUCCAGGAUUUUGUCCGGAUUGCGGUUCGAUUUUGCCGCCCCUUUACGAAAAGGGCGGCCUCGUUUGCUACACUUGUUCCAAAACGUUUACACAAAACGUCGAAAGCGCGUUCGGCAGCAAACGGGUCACUUACACCAUCCAUUUUAAUUCGAGAGAAGCCAAAAAGAAGAACGUGAAAGAAGAAAACAACGAGGAAGAUGAAGGGCCGGUGGUCGAUAGAAAGUGCCCCAAAUGCGGUAACGAGAAAAUGUCUUACGCUACGCUUCAAUUAAGAUUUAUACGGUCUUUUACUACGAACCUUAACGAGCCAGUACAACGGGAACCAUCGAACGAUGAAAUCGGCGAAAUAUUCGGCGACCGAGAACACGGAGAAAACCACCCAAUAAGUCAACCAUUUGGUGUCGUCGUCUUUUUCUUUCGAUUCGAUGGCUUUUAUGGAAAUGUAAGCGGGAUAGAGAAAACCGACCGUGUUGCAUACCAAUUGUGCGAAAUAGCCAAACACCAACCAAAGACCGACGAAAACGGCUAA